AUGGAUCUUGCAGCCUUGGUUAAAACAAUUGAAGGCUUAGCCGCUCAAAUUGGUCAUCUUGAGACCAGAAUACAGGAUCAAGCAGUUGCUUCUGAGCAACGUUUGGCUGCAAUUGAAGCUUCUAUCCAGAACGAAGAAGAGAGUGUUGGUGGAGGAUCAAGGAUGCAGUCUAGGAGGAAUGGUCGCAGGCAGGCUGUUCGAAACAACAAUGGGCAAGAUGGACAUGAUCCUGAGGAAAAAGCACUGAAGUCUAUCAAAGUUGAAGCUCCAAACUUUGAUGGCCAGCUGAAUGCGAAGGUGUGUCUAGAUUGGAUAUCAGACAUGGACCACUAUUUUGACUGGUACGAGUUGUCUGAAACUCGAAGGGUGCGGUUUGCAAAGAUGAAGUUGGUGGGCAAAGCUAGAGAAUGGUGGAGUGGUGUGGAAAGGCGAGCUGCAAGAGCCGGUGAUGAACCUAUCACUCAUUGGGAGGAGAUGAAAGAAAGGCUGAAGGAGAAGUACGUUCCUUUGGCUUACAAAGAGCGCUUGCUGGACCAGUGGCAAUCUCUUCGUCAAGGGAACAUGACAGUUGCUGAGUAUAUUGAUAAGUUUGAAGAAUUUAUGGUGAGAUGCAACAUAAAUGAAGAUCCUUCUGUGACACUCGCUCGUUUCAGAACCGGCCUUCGUCCAGAACUUCAGAGGGAGCUGAUCCCUCAUGAAGUAUAUUCAUUGGAGCGAGCAUACCAAAUAGUGCUGGAAUUGGAGCGCUACUUGAAGACUUCUACAACUGUGCAUAGCCGAUCUGACCAGGAAAAUCCUGAAUUUCGUCCCAGCUCAUCGGGAACAGCACCAUCUCCAUUCGUCAAUAGCUCCAGUACUGCCAAUUCAUUGGUGAAAGCUGAUACAGGAAAGGGAGUACAAUCUGGUGUUCGAGGAGGGGGAUCUGUAAAGUGCUACAAGUGUCUAGGCCAUGGUCACUAUGCUGGCCAAUGCCCAACCAAAGAGAAACCUCGUAGUCUGUUUGCAGCAAGCACAGGAAAAGAGGCUCGAGAGGAAUUGGAGGAAGAAGUUUAUAUCCCUGAAAUUCCUGCCGUUGAUGAUGACUUGGAGGAUGAACCUAUUGCCCAAAUUCAACCAAGAACGGCGGUGGUAAGGUGCACUUUGACUCAACUCGAAGCGGCUGAGGAUUGGAAGAGGACCAGCAUCUUUCACACUUAUGUGAAGUAUGGAGACAGAAGUUAUAAGGUCAUCAUUGACAAUGGAAGCUGUGUCAAUAUUGUUCCUAUUCAAUUCUCAUCAUACAAGGAUACUGUUUGGUGUGAUGUGGUGCCAAUGGACGUGGGACACAUUCUUUUGGGCAGACCAUGGUUGUAUGAUCUAGAUGUGACCAUUUCUGGCCGUUCCAACUCGUGCUCCUUUAUUCAUGAAGGAAAGCACAUCAAGCUGAAUCCUAUCCAGCCAAAACCGGUACUCCAACUACCUUGCAAGGGAGGGCAGCAGGCAAAAUCGCUUAACAUCAUCGUUCCAAGAGAUGUGGUAGAAAACAUUGUGGAUGAGCAGGUGGUUUCAACAAGACAAGGAGGCUACCAGAAGUAUUCAAUUAAAUGGAAAGAAAAACCCGACUCUGACAAGGAGGAGCUGCAGCACACCAAUCCAGAUAUCUUGGAAAGAUACUACAGUUUUAUCUCGCCGGAGGCGAGCUCUUCUCAGCCGGGGAGAAUUGACGAGGACAUCAUAGUCAAACCUUUCAAGGUUUAUGAGCGAAACAAAUGGAAGGAGAAAGCACCUAAUCAUUCAAGAUAA